AACAAAAAACAAAACCUUUUAUUUCUUUUUCUUUUUUUUGGUACAAAAAAACCCUUUUAAUUUCAAUUUGUUUUUUUGGUCCUAAUAAAUAGACACAAGUUUUUGGUUUCCCCCCGAAACCAUUGAUUCUGCAUCAUCAGCAUCACAAUGGAAGCCGAAACUCGCCGGAAAGUUGAAGACAUGGUGUUGGAUAUACUUCAAAAAUCCGACAUUCAAGAAACCACUGAGUUCACUAUCCGAGUUGCCGCCUCUGAGCGACUCGGUAUCGACCUCUCCGGUCCAGAUACCAAACGCUUUGUCAGAACCAUUAUCGAGACUUAUCUUCUCUCCAUCGCCAACGCCCAGAAAUCACCGCCACAACUCUCCACGGAGGUGCCGGUGACACCCAACGAACCACCACAAGUGUCCAAUGAACCGGUGAAUGUAACUACACCCAAGGAGCCACCACAAGAGUUCAAUAAAGUGGUGGGAGUGAAACGCAAAAACGAUGACUCCGAAAAAGUCAUUUGCCAGUUAUCAACCAGGAGGAAUGUGGCGGUUCGAGAUUUCAAAGGGAUGACAUUGGUGUCAAUUAGGGAGUUCUAUAAUAAAGAUGGAAAACAGCUUCCCACGGCUAAAGGGAUAAGUUUAUCUUCUGAACAAUGGUCAACCUUCAAGAAUUGUGUUCCCGCUAUAGAGGAAGCUAUCACAAAGUUGGAAGGAAGGAUAAGAUCAGGGAUUAAUGGCAACAAAAAUGGAGAAGUUGCAAGUUCAGUUAUUGAUGUUCCUGUUGAGCCUGUCGCUAUUGAGCCUGUCACUAUUGAGCCUGUCCCUAUUGAGAUCGUCCGUUUUGAUGGAAAGAAUUUUCAAGUUUGGGCUGAACAAAUGGAAUUAUUCUUCAAACAGUUAAAAAUCAAUUAUGUGCUUACUGAACCAUGCCCAAAUGCUACAUUAGGGGAAAAGAAUGCAAGUGCUGGGGAAACCAAAGCUGCUAGAAAGAGAUGGGUAAAUGAUGAUUUAACGUGUCGUCGUAACAUCUUGAGCCAUUUAUCUGAUAAUCUAUUCAACAAGUAUGCAAAUAGAAAAAUGAGUGCUAAGGAUUUAUGGGAAGACUUAAAAUUUGUUUAUCUGUAUGAAGAAUAUGGCACCAAGAUAUCUCAGGUGAAAAAGUAUAUUGAAUUUCAAAUGGUUGAUCAAAAAGCAGUUCUUGACCAAAUUCAAGAACUUAAUUGCAUUGCAGACUCUAUUGCAGCUUUUGGAAUGCCUAUUGAGGAGAACUUCCAUGUUAGUGUCAUUGUUUCAAAGCUUCCACUAUCCUGGAAAGACUUGUCCAUCAAGUUAAUGCGUGAGGAGCAUCUACCUUUUUGGAAGUUAAUGGAACUCAUAACAAAAGAGGAAGAAUCUCGCAAUGGAGUGAAACAAAUGGGUGAGCCUCUUUCUGAUAGGGCAAAAUUUUACCGUGCCAAUGAAGGGGGGUCGAGCGGGGCUGACAUUAAGCCGCCACCAGGUUUUCAAAGGAAGUAUGAACCUAAUAGCAAGAACGUAUCAUGUUAUAUUUGUGGCCAGAAGGGACAUUUUUCUAAAAAUUGUUGGAGAUGGCUGUAAUUAAGUGUUUCUGAAUUAUGAUAGUUUGUCAGUUAUUUUUUUAUGGUACAACUAUAUUGAUGGUACAACUAUAUUUAAGUUUUUUUUAGGUGGUCAAGACUAUAUUUAAGUAUUACUAUAAUACUGGAUAUUUUCUUUUCAGUAUUUUAAAAGUGUACUAUUUGUAUAUAAAGUUAAUUUCGUG